AUGGCUCGGUACGGCCAGAGACCGGAAAAUGCCCUUAAACGGGCAAAUGAGUUCAUGGAUCUGGACAAGCCCGCAAGGGCUCUGGAUACCUUGCAAGAGGUGUUCAGAAACAAGAAAUGGGCUUACAACUGGUCGGAGUCGGUCCUGGAACCAAUUAUGUUCAAGUAUUUGGAACUAUGCGUUGAUCUUCGCAAGUCCCAUAUUGCAAAGGAAGGCCUCUUCCAGUACAGGAAUAUGUUUCAAUCGGUGAAUGUGGGAUCCUUGGAACAAGUGAUAAGAGGAUAUCUCCGAAUGGCAGAGGAGCGUACAGAAUCUGCACGCCAACAAUCUACACAAGCUGUCAUUGAUACAGACGACCUUGACAAUCUCGCUACUCCUGAGAGUAUUCUGCUCAGUGCAGUGUCUGGAGAAGAUGCUCAGGACCGUUCUGAUAGAACUAUAUUAACACCAUGGGUGAAAUUCCUUUGGGAAUCCUACUGCCAGUGCUUGGAGCUGCUACGUACAAAUACUCAUGUAGAGACAUUGUACCAUGAUAUUGCACGCAUGGCUUUCCAGUUCUGCCUGAAAUACUCUCGUAAGACUGAAUUCAGGAAGCUCUGUGAUAAGCUGAGAAAACAUCUUGAAGAUAUAUGGAAAGCAAGUGCUCAACCUGGCAGUGUGAGCAUGUCAAAGCCAGAGACGCAGCAAUUGAACUUGGAAACUAGACUGUUCCAACUAGACAGCGCCAUUCAGAUGGAAUUGUGGCAGGAAGCCUACAAAGCUAUUGAGGACAUUCACAACUUAAUGAACAUGUCCAAGAAGACUCCCGUGGCUAAAACCAUGGCCAAUUAUUAUGGCAAGCUGGCUCUUGUCUUCUGGAAGGCUGGUCACUGCCUGUUCCAUGCCGCUGCCUUGUUGAAACUCUUCCAACUGUCUCGUGAAAUGAAGAAAAAUAUCACACAAGAGGAACUUCAAAAAAUGGCGUGUCGAGUGCUAGUAGCUGUGCUCUCCGUGCCUCUACCAUCGCUACAUCCUGAGUUUGAUCGUUUUGUAGAAACUGAUAAGAGUCCUGUUGAGAAGGCUCAGAGAUUGGCCGUGUUGCUCGGUCUUGCCCAGCCACCCACUAGAGCUAGCUUGCUAAAAGAUGUCGUACGUCUGAACGUGGUGGCGCUGGCGUCGCCACAACUGCAAAAGCUGUACUCCUGGCUUGAGGUUGAAUUUGAUCCUUUGACUAUCUGCCACAAUGUGCAGAGUGUUGUCAAGUCUCUCCAAGAAGAUCCUAAUUCUCCACUGGCGCAGUACACAGUAGCAUUAACAGAUGUUGCCCUGGUGCGUCUCAUUCGUCAAGUGGCUCAAUGUUAUGCUUGUAUACAGUUCUCUCGUUUGUUGGAGUUGGCCGGAACUGACGAUCUGUUCCACAUUGAGCGUUUGCUGGUAGACUGUGUCAGACAUAAUGAUAUGCAGAUACGAGUCGACCAUGCUAACAAGAGUGUUCACUUCGGUGUGGAAGCCGGCGGCGGCGAGUGGUGCUCCGCGGCCGACGAGGCGUGCGGCGGAGCCAUUUUACAGGCCACGCCAGCUGAACAGGUGCGCGAGCAGCUGGUGCGCGCGGCGGAGGUGCUGUCGCGCGCGGCCGCGGCGCUGGUCCCGGCGCGGCGGCGCGGCGAGCGCGAGCGCGCGCGCCUGGCCAUGGUGCAGCACUACCACGAGAACAAGCACGCCGAGCACCACCGCGUGCUGCAGCGCCACAAGAUCAUCGAGGAGCGCAAGGAGUACAUCGAGCGCCUCAACACCGUGCGCGAGGAGGAGGAGCUGCGUCGUCAAGAGGAACAACUACGAGCGGCAGCGGCGGCCGAGGCCCGUCGCCUGGAACAAGAGCGCGAGGAGCGCGAGAAGAAGCGCCUCGCCUCCGAGCUGGCGGCCAUGCGCGAGCGGAACCUGCGGGAGCGCCUGGCGCACAUCUCGCAGACCAUGCACGGGAAGAAGGUGCUGCAGAAGCUGGACGAAGAGGAUUUAAAGAAAAUGGACGCAGAGGCGAUCGCUCAGAAGGAAGCUGAAGAAUUGAUGAAAGAACGUCGUGAACUGCAAGCUCGUCUCAAGUCUCAAGAGAAAAAGGUUGACUACUUUGAGCGUGCUAAAAGGCUAGAGGAGAUACCCCUUCUGCAGAAGAGCCUAGAAGAGAAGCAAGUUCAAGACAAGGCAUUCUGGGAACAACAAGAGAAAGAACGCAUUGAACAGCUUAUUGAGGCGCGGGCACGCGACGUGGCGACGGCGGCGCGCCUGGCGCGCAUGGCGGAGCACCGCGACCUGUUCAUGGCGCGCCUGCGCUCCGAGCGCGGGGCGGCGCACGCGCAGCGCCUCGCCGCCUUCCAGGCGCGCCUGGCCGCCGAGCGGGAGGCGCGCCUGCUGCAGCGCAAGGAGCAGCGCGCCGAGAAGCGCCGCCAGGAGUGGCUGGCGGAGAAGCGUCGACAGGAGGAACGCGCGGCCGAGGAAGCCCGGCGAGCCGCCGAGGAACAGGAGAGAAAGGAAAAGGAAGAGAAGGAGAGGCGACACCAGGAGGAGCUGGCGGCGCUCCGGGAGCGCAAGGAGAGGGACCACGCGGAGAUGCUGGCGCGCGCGGAGGCCAGGGCCAAGGCGAUGGAGGCCGAGCUGGCGCGCAAGGCCGAGCCCAAGCCCGCCGCGCUCAGCAGCUGGCGGCAAGGGAAGACCGAAACCAAGGAGCCUGAGAAAAAGGAGCCCUGGCGAUCCAGUCGCCUCCGCGAGCCACCGCGGGAAGAUCGUCCACGUUCCCCAGGCAGAGGCCCGCCGCGGGAUGACAGACGCGACGACAAGCCACGAGACGAUCGCAGAGAUCCAAGAGACGAUCGUAGUGUUCGGGACGAUAGGCCACGCGAUGAUAGGCCUAGAGAGGAGGGAGGGUGGAGAUCUACCAACCGGGAGCCUGACAGAGACAAGGAGAGUGAGAGGCCACGCUACGUGGGUCGCUCCAGCGGACCCGGAGACACGUCCACGAGUUGGCGACGCGGCCCCGCUGACCCGCCGCCCGCGCCCACCGAACGAUCAUCAGCAUGGCGCUCAAAGGAGCCACCCCGCGACGACCGCCGGGACAUUCGGCGGGAUGACCGUCGAGAUGACCGACGGGAUGACCGCCGGGAAAUUCGCCGGGACGACCGUCGGGACGAUCGCUUCCGUGACCCGCCGCGACGCGAUGGAUUCCAGGACCGCGAUCGCUACCCUCCGAGACGUGACGACCGCGACCCGCCCAGGAGAGAUGACCGUGAUGGCCCUCGGCGUGACGACAGGGACGGACCGCGCCGUGACGACAGGGAUGGACCGCGCCGUGACGAUCGUGACGGUCCACGGCGUGACGACCGCGACGGUCCACGGCGUGACGAUCGCGACCGCCGUCCACCUCCGCGUCGGGAGGACAAACCUCGCGACCCCGAUGAGUGGCAGCAAGCCAAACGUUAAACUACAAGUAUCAUAUAUUGCAAACUGUAAAGGGUUCAGUGAUUUUUUACAUUAAAACAAUUAUAUCAUAAUAACUUGCUUUUAUAAAGAUUGUUUUAAAGAUGUGUUAACUCUCUGCCAACCUGCUUUGCUGUGUAUAUCUUAUAUACAUACAAGUUUGGUUAAAUCAAUUAUCUGUGUGUCCAGUGAAAGUCACAAUUAUAAUACAACACACAUUUGUAUAUUGGCAAAUUUGUUAUAUUUCAAGUGAAAAACCAAUGUAAAUAAUAUAUAAUUUAGUAUCAAUCACUACAUAGUAUAAAACAAGUUCCUUCGCGCUGUUUGUAUGCUUAGAUCUUUAAAACCACGCAACGGAGUUUGAUGCGGGUUUUUUUUAAGUAAAUAGAGUGAUUCCAGGGCAAGGUUUAUAUGUAUAAUACAUGCAUAAUAUAGUAGAGGAACACUGUUAAUUUUUGCAUCCGAGAGAAGCCGCGGCGGGUCGCUAGUAUUAGAUAAAGAAAUAUGAUGUUUAGAUUAUUUUCCUUUCACCGAGUUUUCGCAGACUUCAAUAAUGAAAAUAAAUACUAACAACUUUUUCUUUUCAUUUUUUUUUCACUUUUAUGCUUUUAGCUUUUGUACAAGUCACUGUCACAAAAAUACAAAUGCUCGCUUCUAUGCACACACAAUGAGUACAAUGAACCGCUAACUGAGAUGAGUUAAUACAUCUUUAUUCAUUACAUUUGCAGAACUCAUCGCCACAAACCCACUGAACCCUAUUUUUAACAUUUAUACUCUGAUUAUUAUUUAGUCUCGUCUAUUGUUCUACUCUACAGUCAUGUAAUCGUACGAUAACUGCGUAUUUACAAUAUAAAUGUUUUAUUUCAAAUGUAUUUUCUUUUAUUUCUUUUUGGCUGUGGAUGAUUAAAUGUUAUGAUAUAAA